UACUUUACUCACACCUCUGCCCCCCCUCUAUCAUCCACCACCACCCCGUCGUGCUGUUGUCGGUAAAAUACGAUUCAACACACGGAGCGGUGCUCGGUCCAGCCUUCGGAGCCCGUUUACUGAAUCGCUCGGUUUCUGGCCGUAGCUUCCGCAUACGUCAACACGCAAAGACACGCAGGCUGCUAUGGAUAUCACUGCAAAGUAUUGCAAUAAAGAAAUGGAGGCAUAUGGGUCAUGUGUGGCCUCCAACCCAUCUACAUGGCAGUCAAAGUGUCAUGAACUGAAGAUAAACGUUGCACAGUGCACAUCAUCCCACCCAGUGAUUCAGAAGAUCAGACAAGAGUGUUCCGGGGUGUUUGUCGAGUUUGAGCGCUGCCUGAGAGAAAACCCGGACACACCUGCCUCCUGCUCGCCUCAUGUAGCUCGCUUUCUGGCCUGUGCAGAGUCAGUAGACAUCAGUGGAGUGGAUCCGGUACCCUCAGCCAUCGUAGCAUCAAGACAUCUCCCAUCUCUGUCAGAUUCAGAUUGGUUGGUUUUACACAUUUCCCAGCCAUGUUACUGUACUGUAUUUACAGUGAAAGUAAGGAUAUCUGUUUACCUCUGUGUGACUUAAUGUGACUAUUUGUCUUUCUUCAGGAAAGAUAUGAGAGAAAUGCAACAGUACUUUGACUAAGAAAAUGUGUCGAAUAUUUAAUUACCAGAUCGUCCUUUUUCUCAUACUCAUGUAAAUGUUGUGUUCAUAUGAAAUUAACAUUUAUUCCUGCCUACAUGCGGGAUAUAUGAUUUUUAUUUAAUAAUCUCAUUAAAAUUAACUUGUGUUUCUUA